AUGUCUAGCAAAUCCACCGUGAGGAUCCAAAGCAGCAGCCAGCGUGGCUUCAGCGCCAGCUCAGCCAGAGUCCCUGGGGUCAGCCGCUCUGGCUUCAGCAGUGUCUCUGUGUCCCGCUCCAGGGGCAGCGGGGGCCUCGGUGGAGCAUGUGGAGGAGCUGGCUUUGGCAGCAGGAGCCUCUACAGCCUGGGGGGCUCCAAGAGGAUCUCCAUCGGAGGGGGCAGCUGUGCCAUCGGUGGCGGAUAUGGCGGCCGAGUUGGCGGUGGCUUUGGCUUUGGAGGUGGCGCCGGGAGUGGAUUUGGUUUUGGCGGUGCAGCUGGUAGCGGCUUUGGGUUCGGUGGUGGAGCUGGCUUGGCUGGUGGCUACGGCGGCGCUGGCUUCCCUGUGUGCCCCCCUGGAGGCAUCCAAGAGGUCACCAUCAACCAGAGUCUCCUCACUCCUCUGAACCUGCAAAUCGACCCCACCAUCCAGCGGGUGAGGACUGAGGAGCGGGAGCAGAUCAAGACCCUCAACAACAAGUUCGCCUCCUUCAUCGACAAGGUGCGCUUCCUGGAACAGCAGAACAAGGUCCUGGACACCAAGUGGACCCUACUCCAGGAGCAGGGCACCAAGACCGUGAAGCAGAACCUGGAGCCUCUGUUCGAGCAGUACAUCAACAACCUGAGGAGACAGCUGGACAGCAUCGUCGGGGAGAGAGGCCGCCUGGACUCGGAGCUGCGGAACAUGCAGGACCUGGUGGAGGACUUCAAGAGCAAAUAUGAAGAUGAGAUCAACAAGCGCACGGCAGCGGAGAACGAAUUCGUGACUCUGAAGAAGGAUGUGGAUGCUGCCUACAUGAAUAAGGUUGAACUGCAAGCCAGGGUCGAUGCUCUCAUGGAUGAGAUCAACUUCACAAGGGCCUUCUACGAGGCAGAACUGGCUCAGAUGCAAACCCACAUCUCAGACACUUCCGUGGUCUUGUCCAUGGACAACAACCGUGACCUGGACCUGAACAGCAUCAUCGCUGAGGUGAAAGCCCAGUAUGAGGAGAUCGCUCAGAGGAGCCGGGCUGAGGCUGAGUCCUGGUACCAGACCAAGUAUGAGGAGCUGCAGGUCACGGCUGGCAGGCACGGGGACGACCUGCGCAACACCAAGCAGGAGAUCGCUGAGAUCAACCGCAUGAUCCAGAGGCUGCGAUCUGAGAUCGACCACGUCAAGAAACAGUGCGCCAGCCUGCAGGCCGCCAUCGCUGAUGCUGAGCAGCGUGGGGAGCUGGCCCUCAAGGACGCCAAGAGUAAGCUGAUGGAGCUGGAGGACGCCCUGCAGAAGGCCAAGCAGGACAUGGCCCGGCUCCUGAAGGAGUACCAGGAGCUCAUGAAUGUCAAGCUGGCCCUGGACGUGGAGAUCGCCACCUACAGGAAGCUGCUGGAGGGCGAGGAGUGCAGGCUGAGCGGGGAAGGCGUUGGACCAGUCAACAUCUCCGUGGUGCAGUCCACAGUCUCCAGUGGUUAUGGCAGCGCCAACGGUGUGGGCAGUGGCUUCGGCCUGGGCGGAGGCAGCGGCUACUCCUAUGGCGGCGGCCUUGCGGGUGGCUUCAGUUCCGGCAGUGGCAGAGGCUUGGGCGGUGGCCUCAGCUCUGUUGGGGGCAGCAGUUCCACGAUCAGAUACACCAGCACCUCAUCCUCCAGCAAGAGGAGCUACAAGCACUGA